CUUUAAAACCUACCUGGAGAGRGCUGCUCCUGUGCGUUGGGAGUUUCUGUCCGUCAGAGCAGAGGAAGUUCCGCGAAACGUUUGGAAAGGCUUCACCGGAUUUCAGAUGCAUGCCAGGUUCCCACUGAGUGCCAGAAGUAGAGCUCACUACAGAUGGAGCCCCAAGGUCAGCAUGGCAGCGGUGGUUCGUUGGUGGUGAUCCAGCAGCCCUCCUUGGACAGCCGGCAGCGGUUGGACUAUGAGCGCGAGAGCCAGGCGACCACUAUUUUGUCACUGGACCAGAUCAAGGCGAUCCGGGGCAGCAACGAGUACACCGAGGGGCCAUCUGUGGUGAAAAAGUCAGGGCCGCGGACAGCACCGAGGCAAGAGAAGCAUGAGAGAACUCACGAAAUUAUACCAAUUAAUGUGAAUAAUAAUUACGAACACAGACCCAGCCACGGGGGCCACGCGGCGCAGCAGCAUCAUGCCAGGGCGCCUGUCUUGAGCAGGUCGACGAGCACGGGCAGCGCGGCGAGCUCGGGGAGCAACAGCAGCGCCUCGUCGGAGCAGGGGCUGCUGGGGCGCUCGCCUCCGUCCAGGCCGGGCUCGGGCCACCGAUCGGACCGGACGAUCCGGACGCAGCCCAAGCAGUCCUCUCUCAUCGUCGAUGAUCUGAAGGGUCCCUUGAAAGAGGAYGUGACGCAGCACAAGUUCAUCUGCGAGCAGUGUGGGAAGUGCAAGUGCGGCGAGUGCACGGCGCCCAGGGCCCUGCCCUCGUGCUUGGCCUGCAACCGGCAGUGCCUGUGCUCCGCGGAGAGCAUGGUGGAGUACGGCACGUGCAUGUGCCUCGUYAAGGGGGUCUUCUACCACUGCUCCAACGACGACGAAGGGGACUCCUAUGCGGAUAAUCCCUGCUCCUGCUCCCAGGCACAUUGCUGUUCUAGGUACCUGUGCAUGGGAGCCAUGUCCUUGUUUUUGCCUUGCUUGCUGUGCUACCCRCCUGCAAAAGGAUGCCUAAAACUGUGCCGAGGGUGCUACGACCGCGUCAAUCGCCCCGGCUGCCGGUGCAAGAACUCCAACACUGUCUAUUGCAAACUGGAGAGCUGCCCCUCGCGGGGCCAGGGCAAGCCCUCAUGAUUCUGGGAGGGAGGUUUGCUUCCUCCAGCUCUUACUUUCAGGUUGUAGCCGUUUUGUUUGGUUCUUCUCACGCUUUCCGUUCUUUCUGCCCCAUUCCUCCUACUUGAGUUCUUCCCUUUGCAUCUCUGCUCUCCUCCUGUUGCUCUCUUGCUGUCAUCUCGGCUGAGUGUGGAGCGUUUCCCGUAGUCACUGCGGCUCCCUGGUACCCGCAUCUGCCUUCCCAGUUUGGCAGGGCUUCCCGAGUCGGCAACUCAGCCACUCCUGAAAGAGGCAGCGAGGGCUCCCUGGGCUCCUCUGCGCCCUCUUGCUCUAUGAAUAUCUUCCCAAAGAUGUUUUUUGUUCUCAGCAGUUCUUGUUAAGGUUUGGGUUGGUUUUUGGUCCUUUUAACCUCUGGGGUUCCAAGGAGCAAGUGUUUCAUGAGUGAGCUGCAUUGUGAAGCAACAUUUUAUUUGUGUCCUUUCUGGACCGGGAUGCAAAAUAAAGGCUUUACCAAAAGCAAGGCCUGACUCCUUUGCAAGCAACCUGCCUUUUUUUUUUUGAUAUUUUUUUUUUCCCCCUCUCGUUUUCCCCUCCUGUGUUGUCCUAGCCUUUGGAAUAUUCUCAGUCCUGAGAUGUACCUGGGUGCGCCUCCCCUGCCUGCCCUUUUCUCCUUCCAAUGGUUUUUGAGUUUUGUCCUCACUGUGUAGGUCUUCACAUUGGAGACGUUAGGACUGCAACGUACUCGCUCCCUGCUGCCAGAUCUUUGAAGGAUGUGGCUCACUCCAUCCUCUUGCUCCUUUCCCGUGUCCCUUGGUAUCACGUCCACAUCAAAGCUGUGGUGUCCAUGUAUCCAAGCAGUCUUCAGGUGUCAUUCAGUUGCCUAAAUGUUUCUUGUGACCCUUGGAGUUUAGUGCGUUUUAACUCUGCUCUGUACUUUAUAAUUCUGUUCUCUGUUUUAUUGCCUUAGCCACAGAUUGUGGUCCUUUUUUGUAUAUUUUAUGUAUAAAACACAA